UGUACCAAAUAGAGUACAUAAAUUGCAGAAAUUACAGUACAAACUUGCCCAUUUUCACUCUCUAGUCUCAUUCACAUCCAUUCCCUUCAAAACUCCUCAGCUUUCCAUCGCAAAACUUCAUCACACUUCCUCAUUUAAUAUUUUCCCACUCCUCCUUUCAAAAAAAAAAUAAAAUAAAAUCAAAAAAACCUUUCCAAUUUCCAAGUCUUGCUCUCUCCCUCUAAUGGCUUCCAUAUCAGCAGAAGAAUCCACAGAGCCUCUCAAGUACCAGACAUGGGUGUUGAAAGUUUCCAUUCACUGUGAAGGUUGCAAAAGAAAAGUGAAGAAAGUUUUACAGAGAAUCGAAGGGGUUUAUACGACAACCAUAGAUUCACAGCAACAAAGAGUUACAGUGACUGGAAAUGUUGAGGUUCAGACACUCAUCAAGAAGCUGACAAAGACAGGGAAACACGCCGAGAUAUGGCCUGAAAAGCUCACUGGAAAAGAAAAAAAAUCUGGGAAAGUUAAGAACAAGGACAGAGAAAAAGAAAAAAACCCAGAAAGUUCCAGACUUGAAAACCAGCUUGGUCAUCAGAAUAAUAACAAUAAUAAAUAUCCAUGCAGCAAAGUUGAAGAAGCUAAGGUUAGCUCUGUUUUAAACACUGCAAAUGAGAAUGACAAAGCAAACAUUAGCAGGAAAGUAGAGAGAGAAAGCUCAAAGGGUGAGAUGAGAAUGAAGUCGACGGAGGAGUCUCCACCGGAGGGGAAUUCUCGUGCAACGGCGGAACAAAAGGGCAGUGAAUGUGAAGGUGGUGGCGAUGGAGCUGGAAAAAGUGCAAGUAAAAAGAAGAAAAGGAAAGGGCAAAAAGGUAAUAAAACUAGCCGGAUUGGUUCGGGUUCAACAAAUUCAGGUACACCGGUAAACACAGGAUCUGAAUCUCCUACAGAGUGUGCAAACCAAGGUUUUAAUCUGCAAGAUCUGAACCAUACACGUCAGAGUCCGUAUGCAUACCCACCUGAUUAUUACCCUCUCGUGUACUUUGCAAGUUACAGCACAGCACAUCCUAGCAAAGUCCCCGGUCCCUAUUAUUAUCCAUCAGGACCGUACACAUACCCAAAUAGUCACCCUGAGAUGCAUGGGAUUCAAUCAACUUCUUCGGGUUCUUUUGAGAUUUUCAGUGAUGAAAAUGUUAAUGGGUGUUUUAUCAUGUGACUGCUUUGGUAGAUACUAUAUGCCUGAAAAAGUAUAAUGCUUUUGUAGUAAUUUCGGAAGACGGGAAAUUUUUCCAUUUUUUGUUUUUUUCGUUUUUUUAUUUAUUUUUAUUUUUGGUAAAACUGUAUAUAAGAAGGAAAGUGAUUAUUAUCAUUAUUAUUACUUAUUAGAGUGAUAAGAAAGAUCUGGUAGAGUUGGUUUGGGUCUUUUGUCAUUGGACUA